AUGUCACGCCGGAAACAGAAGAGACCCCAACAUCUCGUCAACGCCGAUCCGGGGGGCCCGAAGGUGCUCGCUCACGAUGAUCCCCUGUGCAUAAAGUCGCCAUCCACCUCUCUCGGGUCCGAAGUCACCUCAUCGGGGUCCUCUUCCUCCUCGCCAAGAUCAGUCCAAGACUGCCAGCCCCCUUUGGCCCCUCGCCCGUCCCCCGGCGGGCUCCACGCGCCCUCCUUGCCCAAUGAGAGCUCCCCCCCUCCCCACUGGCCCAACCACAUUGCGACCUUCGCUAGCUCCCUACCAAACACUCACUCCUCCCUCUCGCCGGACUUUCCUCACCCGUCGCUGUCUUCGCAGACACAUUCGCCUCCCCCCGUGGGACAGACGUCCGGCUUCAAAGCCAUGUCACAUUCUACCAUGGGUGUUUCCUCCACCAACGCUACCUCCUCGUCAUCCUCCCAGUGCCUUCCACAGCAGUGUGGCGGUGACAGCCCGCCUCAGCAGCAAGCCUCCAACUUGCUGGGCCCCCAAGUUCUUCAGGUGCCGCCCACCCUCGCAGUCCUGCUGGAGGAGCUUCGAGUUUUACAACAGAGACAAAUACACCAGAUGCAGAUCACGGAGGAAAUUUGCAGGCACGUUUUGAAGCUCGGAGGCGUCGUCCUAGGGCAGGAGAGCAACCUGCGAGCGGGUGGGGCUGAGAGCCAACAGAAAGCAACGUCUUUGUCGCCGGCGCGCCCCUCAACUGGCACGCCUGUCACCACGACGGCGGCAUCGCUGUUAAGCGGCCUGCCGUCGGCCCUCUUUGCCCAGCCGCCUCAUUCCAAACAAGGCGCUCUGCAGGUCAACGGCAGCAGGACACCGUCGGCCAUAUCGUCCGGCGUGUCGACCUCGUCCGUGGCCUCCCUUCACCCGCUCUCCUUGUCUUUGGGGCUGCCGCCACGCUCCUCGUCCAACACAGCUUUAUUUGCUCACAGCAACGGUGUUAGCUUCUCCGCCGGAAGCCAUUCCCAAGAUCUCUCGUACGUGUCCUCUCUAGGCUCCGCCUCAGCGUCGGGACGACCGCAGCACAUGUGCCGCUUUUGCGGCAAGAUUCUGAGCAGUGACUCUUCGCUGCAGAUCCAUCUGAGGUCGCACACGGGAGAGAGACCGUACCAGUGUCCGGUGUGCCUGAGCCGCUUCACCACGCGGGGAAACCUCAAAGCUCAUUUCCUGCGCCACCGAGAGCAGAACCCGGAGCUUUCCCUUUCCCUGCUGCCCCCCGCGCUCUCGGAGCAGACACCGAGCGCCUCGGCCUCGGCCUCCAGCGCCGUCCAGAGGCGGAGGAAGCGGCGAGCUGACGACGACGAGUCCCUUCACGGAGUGAAAGGAAGCGUUCCCUCCAGCUUGGCGGAGAGCAUGGCUUUGGGAUUCCUGUCCAGCACAUCGCCACGGCCGUCUCCUUCCUCUCUACCUCUGCCGCCCUCUGUGGACAUGGCGCUGUUGUCAACAGCCCAUUCCUUGCUACAACUGAACCGGGCCUCAGCGGUCGGCGGCGCACCCAGCUCCGUGCCGCCGGCUUCCACGUCCUCCUCUUCCUCGCAGUUUAAAGGGGUGAAGCAACAGCGCUUUGAUGAAAACACUCCUCCUCACUCAGCCCUCCACACAUCUGCCUCUUACUCCCGCGUGGCUCACCUCCCCAAGAUUCUCUUCCCGGGAGGCGCGUCCCCUCACCACAUGGCCCUUCUGCGGCCCGCGGGUCACCCGUCCGCUUCCCACCUGACUUCAGCACAUCAGCUACCCUUUCCUUUCCCGCCAUUCCCCAAAGCAUCCACCUCUUCUCCCUCCUCCUCUCCCUCCACUCUGGCUCAGACCUCAGACACUUCCAAGCUGCAGCGUCUGGUACAGAAGCUUGAGAAGCAGCCGCAGGAAGGAGCCUCAUCUUCCUCUGCCUCCUCACUCACCCUGGCCGAGGCCAACACUAACGGUCACGACCUGAGUAGCGUCUCCGCCGCCUAUCACAGGGAAAUGUUAUCCACCCUCGGCCUCGGUCCCAACGCCAGCCAAGGAGUUCCGGGAGCCAACUUGACCGCCAGCUUCUCCGCCGCUUCCCCUCUGCCUGCCGCUCAAGUGGCCAAUCAGUGCGGGGUGUGCCUGCGGGUGCUGAGCUGCGCGCGAGCCCUGCGCCUGCAUCAGGCCACUCAUCUGGGAGAGCGCCCUUUCCCUUGUAAGCUCUGCGGUCGCUCCUUCUCCACCAAGGGAAGCCUCAGAGCCCACCUGGCCACUCAUCGGGCCAGACCGGCCAAUUCCCGGGCGCUUAACUCCUGCCCGCUGUGCCCACGCAAGUUCACCAAUGCCUUGGUGCUUCAGCACCACAUCCGCCUGCACCUCGGAGGGCAAAUACCGCCCAAUGAAGAUGCAACGCAAGCAGAAGAUGGUACAGAAAUGGAGAGCGCAGUCUUUGACGCCGAGAACGAGCCGGGCGGCUCGCCGUCGGAAGCUCAGCAGCUCCUUCCCCUGGCUCUCACAACCUCCAAAAGUGCCAUUUCCAAGACCGCCGCCACUGGCGAUGUCAAGAUGGAGGAAUCUGAGGGAUCAGCACCCAGCGUUAGCCCACCGCUAACCCAUAAAGCACAUUUGGUAGGACCUGAGGACCCCCUAGAUCUGAGCGACACCAACCUUGAUGACGCUAGCCCCUCAAACAACUCCCAAGAGUUGGCCCACACUGACGUGGGAAGCCCUGGCAAAGCCCCCACAGUGAGCUCUGCUUCUGCCGCAGUGAACGUUAGCGACGGCCCAUUCUCCUUGUGCGUGUCAAAGCUCCAUGAGACCAGCGAGAUUGACAACAACGACGAAUGCACGCCGGAUGGAAAUCCACAAAGCCCUCCAGAGAGCCCAGUAACUUGCAGCACGGUAGUAGACGUCAACGUCCCGCCGGACGCGUCUCAGAGUGACCGCGAGAGAGACAACAUGGUGCCACCACCUCCUGCUGCAGCAGAAGCAGAGAACGAGAGCUCAGAGAGUCUGGAGCUGCCCGUCACUGCGUCAGGUGCGCGCUCCCAACCUCCCCGCUCGGACAAACCCUACAGCUGCGCCCAGUGCGGAAAGCUGUACGCUAGCCGCAGUGGCCUAAAGGGUCACAUGAAGAUUCACCCUGUGCCUUUGCCUGCCUCCACCAAGGCUGAGAGCAACAAGAGUGAUGCUUCCGAGGUUCCGGGCUCCAAGCAAGAAAAGAAAGAAAGUGGCACAGACCCAGAAGCAAAGCUUCUUUGUGAUGAGGCUUCCUGCUGAACUUAUGGACAAGUCUAGUACGGCACUCUUGUUAGGCCAAUGGCCUUUUUCUAGUCCCUUCAUCUCAUACAGGUGAUAGAUAGAUAGAUGGAUAGAUAGUUUGUGUUGUAGUGACUCGCUUUCGACUCUUUUUGUUGUAUUUCCAAGAGCACGGCGAGGUCUUUUUGUCGACAUAUCAGACAGCACGGUCAAUAUUUGAUUCAAGUGCACGCCAAAAGCAGCCGUAUGACACUGCAAAUCCGCCCCGACUUUCACGAUCCUCUUUUUGUUCUUUUUGCUGUGGAAUUGUGAUGCUGCUACUGAACACGUGUGCUGCUCCAGCAUCUCCAGCCGUGAAUGUCUCAAAGUAAAUGGAUAAUGGAUUGUUGAACCAGCCCUUUCGCUUAAACCACGCCCCCUUUUUGAUAGUGCAGCCAAAUGAUU